AUCACAGCGAAGAUGAAGGUGCUAGCGGCCAUCGUGAUUUGCAUUCAGCUUGCUGUUUUGCAUGGUCAAGACCCGACUACAACUACGACUACCCCGGCAACUACAACCACCUCCAAGCCAAAAACCACAACAACUGGCAAAACGACUACAACUAAGACGACAAAACCAACCACGACCAAAACAACAAAGCCAACCACAACCAAAACGACAACCACCAAGAAGCCAACCACUCCAAAGCCUCCCAACUGCGCUGGAACGAAUUAUGAGAAAAUAGGCAAAUGCUGCUCUGAUCCUCCGAAGACUAUCCUCUCAAUCACCGACAAGAAAGACAAAACCUGCGGCAUUAGCACCACCAACAUUAAAGUUUUCAACGAGUUUAGCCUGAAUAAGCAGCAAACCACGAGUAAGGGAUGGAAUAACGCUCUCCCUUUGAACGACACCAGCGUUGGAAAGAGCCUCUACCCUCUCGCAUACUUUGCUGACUGCUGGUUCAGGGCGAAAGGAGUGAUGAACAAUGAAACUGGCUGGAUUAAUGGUGAAGCACUUGUUGCGUUUAUCACCGCAGGUCAAAAUGAAUACUGGACAACUGUUUUGGGAAAUGCUGCACCAAUGUGUUUCAUAGAAGUUUUCGGAAUGUCACCUCCACUUUUCCUGAAAGACAAAAAGACGAACGUAAGCAGCAUAGCAUUCCUCGUCGCGCAGUGCCUUGCUUUCGUUGCAAUAGACAACUGCGAGACCAAAUUGAACACCACUUCAUGCAACAAAGAUUACGCAAUGUUCAACAAUUGCAAGGAUUACCUUUUCCCAAAUGUGGCUAAUCCACUUUCAUCCCAGCUAAAAGCUGGCGAAGUGAAGUCGUUUUCUCGACGAGUGAAACGUGCAGCCAAGUUCAAUGCAAGAAGCGGAAGGAAGCCUUGAGUUGGCGAGAGAUGAGUUUUGAUGAAAAUUUCAACUUAAGUUAACAAGGAAAUGCGUUUACAAAAGCUCAAGAAGUGUAAAAAAACGGAUCAUUAAAAUUAACUAUGAGUUACGAUUGCAAGCAAAAAAUGUUUAAGCUUUUAACUUGAACAUUAAUUUUAAGGGAAAACGUAAUAGGAGAUAAGAAAGCCAUUUUUUAUAUUUUAGGCAUGAAAAGUUAGUCU